AUGGCAUUAGAGGUCAAAAAACAUGUACGAUACUUUGAGAUGUGUCUUGCAUCUUUCCCUCUGCAGGCGGAGAGCGAGGAUUCCAAUAAGCUAGCAUUGGUAUAUUUUUGUCUUCAAGGGCUACAAAUACUUCGUCAUCUUGAUUUUUCCGAAUCAGAUCGAACGGGUUAUUCGCAGUAUAUUUACUCGUAUUUGAUCACUAUGGGGAACCGUCAAGGAUUCCGGCCGAGCAGGACGUUCAAUAUUGAUGGCAAUGAACGUAAAAAUGAUGAAAAAUCAUACGAUAUGCCCAGUAUUUCUGCUACUUUUUUUGCAUUGGUUUCACUUUUAGCACUCGAACUGGAUUAUACGAAACGUAUUGACCGACAAAAAAUCAUCCAAUUUGUCAAUUCGUGCCAGAUUCGAGACGGGCCAGACAAGGGAGCAUUCAGACCCACUUUGGAUGUAAACGGAGUUGCCUUUGGUGAUGCUGAUAUGAGAACUACAUAUAUGGCUGUUGGGAUCGGAAGGCUCUGCAACCUCAUUGAUGAUUUAGACGUGCCAAGUAUAAUUGGAUAUGUUACAUCAAGGGUCAGCUUGAGCGGAGGAUUGUCCUCUUCUCCUUAUUGUGAGCCACAUGCUGGGUUUACGUUCUGUGGCCUAGCAACACUCAAGCUCUUAGAUUACGACUUUGGCUCUGCCAAUUGGACCUCUAAUACUUUGCAUUGGCUUGUGAGCCGCCAGGUCAACUACCUGAAUGAGAUCUACAGUACUUUACCUUCAUAUCCGUCGUGGAAUCAAGAGGAUGAUGGUGCGUUCAAUGGUCGCGAUAACAAAUUUGCAGACACUUGCUACUCCUGGUGGUGUACUGCUAGCAUGCAUCUUAUGAAUUCAGACUACUUGGGCCUCACCAAUAUCCGUGAAGCUACAAAAUUUCUUCUUGGUCGUACGCAAAAUCGCUUGCUUGGAGGUUUUGGCAAGAGCCAUGAACUGAGACCCGAUCCUUUACAUUCGUUUCUAGCGUUAGCAAGUCUUGCUCUCUGGUCAGGUGCGGACUCAACUACAACUCCAGACUACAAUUUGGACCUGGUAGACGAUGCGCUUGUUAUAUCUGGCCAACUGGUUGCAUUUCUAAGUAAGCUUUGGCUCCCCCAGUGA